UGAGAAAUCCCAACAUAUUAUAAACUAGUAAAUUCCAGUAGGAACCAUAAUAUCAUAGUAUGUCAGCGAGUCAGUCCAAGCUGGGCAUUUAUCGAUGUAGGAUGUUCGCUAGGAGUCCACGCCAGACAAGGGUCCGUGUAAAACGCUAGCCGUUAGUCAAUGUUAAGUAGAUAUCCAUAGGAUGCGGGCUUAAAGUUAAGUCGCCAUGCGAGUGUUCAUUACCGUCUGGCGAUCUUGGAGGUCGGUCGAGGUACAUGGAGCCGAGCGCUGGACGUGAAAGUCGGGCACGUUUACUGCACCUCUGUCUGAACGAGGCUCAGGCGAAUGCUGCUAGUGGCAGCAGUGUCCGGGACUUGACCUAGCUGGAGACGACUCAGUUCCGGCGAACAGCGAAGACCCUUUGUGUUUGGGAUCACGUGUGACUACUUAUAAACCCUUCUACUUGGCUCCUGGUAUAGGUACCCGUAGUUGACUGUUCAUCACGACCAGUAUUGUACUUGGGGAGAUCUAGCGCUUUGGAUGUCAUUAUCCCCCGGUACUCAUUUAAUACUAGCUGAGAAUUUUUACAGGUUCAGAGGAUAGGGGACGGAGAUGUUUCUUAUCUUCGAUUAAAAUAUAGUAUACAAUGGCGACGCCCUAAUGAAAAAUAAUAUUAAGUCAGUUAUCCCUUCGUGGCAAAUUUACUAUGGAUUACCACGACGGUUUACAUGGGGGAACCGCGUGGAAAUCCAUCUGACAGCAUGUUGCUGGUAAUGAAGAAUUAACCUUUUCAUUACUGAUAGUUACUGGAGGAAGGGAGCUAGGCGUUCGUGAUUCAUUUGUAAAGAGGAUCAAAAGCCACGUAUAAAAAAGGGUCGCAUCAAAUUUGAUAUUGGUUUUAACUGAACAGCAGGACAAGUUGCUCAAUGCUGUUUUUAGGGCAUCAUCAAAAAUUUUCCUCAACUACACCAGUUAGUUAGUUAAGCCGUGUGGUCCUUUAGAAAAGGCCACUCUUUCCUUUCCCGUAGAUGUCGUAAGAGGCAACUAAGAGAGGGUGAGGGAUGGGCAGCAGCUUCCCUAUUAAAACAUGUCCAAAGCCUAACUUCGGUUGCUAAAUCUGCCUGCCAAGCGAGGCAACUACUAGCAAACCCCCCAAAUGAAAAGGCUUAUGUUCAGCAGCGUACAGUUAAAGGCUGAUAUGAUAUGAUGAUCUUAGUUUUUUUUUUUUAAUUCAUAAGUUUUUUUUAAUUCAUAAUUUAUGUAACUUUUUGUUGUUGUCAAUAAAUGUUUUCUUUCUUUCUUUUCUUUCUAUAUGAUGACACCAGUAAGGCUAAAACCUUUAGACUAAAACUCUAUUUAAAUAAAAUUCUAGAACCCUAAAAAGCGUAAUAAGGGAAUAUCUGCACAUGUUCAUUGAUUAUACACCUCUCAUAUAUUAUCUGUGAUUAAUUAUAUAUCACGUUGACCUGCUUAGUAUUUAAAAGAAAAGCUAAUAAUGUACCACAAUAUAUAAUUACACACUACACUAUGAUUUUCGAACUAAUCUUUAAAUAUAAGACCAAGCGUGUGUUGCUACUCAUAUUUUUAAUUUCACCGACGUACAAUAAUGGCGUCUUUUAAAAAAAAAUUGUUAAAGAAAAAUGAAAGUGUAGGAACAGAAACUACUGAAGAACGAAUAUACAGUUUGAAUGAUUAUGAUGAAACAUUUGUGAAAAUAAAGAAGGUAUUGUGGAUUUUGGGACUACGGCUAACACGCAACGACUCCGAUAGAGUCAAAUUUUGGUUUCAAGUGUUUUACUGGUUCGAAUUUGCAAAUCUUCUAGGAGCUGUUAUAUUAGAAAUCAUAGAACUAAUCAGAACUGUUACGGGAGGGUCUUUUGAAGAUAUCAUUGCGAGUCUCGGGAUGAUACCGUGUAUGGGUUAUCUAAUUUCAGCGAUACUGAAGUCUUACAAGAUAUGUUAUUACGAGUCAAUGUAUGAGAAUUUGAUUAAUGAAUUACGCAAUAUGUGGCCCCAGGGUAAAGUAACAGAAGAUGAACAUGUUAUAAUUAGCAAGGCACUAAAACAGCUGAAUUUUGUUACUACAGAAAUUUCAGGAUUUUACUGGUGCAACUACGCUUUGAUCAUCGGUUGCAUGCUGCCAUGUUACACUGCCAUAAUACAAAUUGCUUUUGGUCAAGAUGUGCCCAAAAUACUAGCAUACUUGUACUGGCUCCCUUUCGACCCACUGCAACCUUAUGUAUUUGAAGUGCUGAUAAUAAUUCAAUCGUGGCAUACAAUACUGUCAAUCAUGGGCAUUGUAAGCGGUGAUUUAUUGUUCUUCAUUUUUGUAAGUCACAUCACUACACAAUUUGAUUUGAUGUCGCUUAGAAUUGAAAAACUUAUCUUUGUUCCAACAGAUCAACAGCUAAUAAACAUUUAUCCACUUGCAAUCCAUAAUAAACACAAAAGAAAUGAUCAAGUUGCAUCAACUGAAAUGCAAAACGAAGAAAUACGAGAAGAUGUCCAUCAAAAAGAGUUAUUGGACAUAAUUCUGCGACACCGUACUUUAAUUCGAUUGUGUGCAGAUGUGGAGAGUCUAUUUAGUUUCUCACUGCUCAUCAAUUUUAUCAAUAGCUCUGUAAUAAUAUGCUUCCUUAGUUUCGUCAUAGUCGUCGUUGAAAAAUGGUAUGAAUUUAUGUACAAAACGGCUAUGGUGACUAUACUUUCACAGACGUGGCUUAUAUGUUGGUUUGGACAAAAGUUGCUUGAUUCUAGUAAAAGACUAUCCCAAGCACUGUACAACUGCGGAUGGUAUACAUCGUCUCAGAAAAUCAAGAAGAACAUACAAAUCAUGCUAUUCAGAACUGGGAAAGCGGUGGGUGUAACUACAUAUGGCUUCACAAUUAUCUGUCUGGCGAGCUACACAACGAUAAUCAAAACCUCCUGGUCAUACUUCACGCUGAUAUACAACAGCUACAAAAUGAAUCAAAAGUAAAAUUAUUAAUCAAGAACCAAUUAAUAAGAACUCGAACUUUUAAUUCAUCAUUAAAUAAGCAGGAAAAAGUCAAUAAAUAGUCCGUGCACCUAUCUAGUCCGCAAAUAUUAUUCCUUAUCUAUUCUAAUAAAUAGUAGAUAAAUCAAGUACUAUUUUUAACCUAUACAGUAUAUGUGAUUAGAUUCAAAUAAUAGUUAUAUGUAAUUAUCUACCUUCAUGCUUCAAGUUCUUGAAAUAAUAAAUAAAUAAAAAAAG